AAACCAAUUUGCAUUGUGUGUGUAAUCAAUGCAUGAAACGAACUCGUUCAUUGGUCAAUUUCCGUUUUUGGUUAAGACCCGACGGCUGUUUAUGAUAAAAUUGUUAUCACUUGAGGGCGCUGUUAAUAAGCAACGAUCGUCAAUAAACAAAAUGGCAGCCACCAAGGGUUCGUCUGAAAAUAAAGAAACUGGAACCGGAAGUAGAAAUCAGGUUGUACUUCGAGUCAGUCAGUUGGAUUCAAGUCAGUUGGACAGUGAACUUCAUCAACUUCUGAAAUCCCAGUUCCAAAGGAUCUUUCAGUUCUUCAAGCCUGGUGUGCUUGCAUAUAUUGAGCCGGAACUGAAUGCUGCUUUGAGACUAUUAACAUGGCAGUUUUCGAUCAACACAAUUGGGGCUACACUGGGUCAGCGUAUAAUGAAUCUGAAAUAUGGAAGCGAGGCCUCAAUGACCCCUGACCUAGGUCAUCGACAACGAUUACUGUAUGCCUGCAUCCUGAUUGGUGCAAAGUGGCUGCAGGAAAGAUCAGCUGACCUCUCCAGUUCGACCAAUCACAUUGAAGCUUUUAGAAAAAUAUGGAAGGCACUUUACUUCUUUGAAAAGCUUUUAAGUGUGGCAUCGCUAGUGAACUUCUUGGUGUUCUUACAAGAUGGCCGCUACCAGUUCCUUCAUGAGCGACUUCUAGGGAUUAGAGCUCAAUUCGCUGAAAAACAGUCAAUUAGACAGGUGAGUUUUGAGUUCAUGACCAGGGAACUCCUGUGGCACGGAUUUGCAGAAUUCCUUUUCUUCCUUCUGCCCUUUGUCAACUUCAGACGCAUCCGUAAUUUCCUGCAACAGAAACUCUUCCGUCCGUCACCCUCCCAAAGGGCCGAGACCGGAGCGAUAGUAAAAAGAGAUCGGAGUUUGUAUAAGGAGUGUGCAGUGUGUGGUGAAUGGCCGACCAUACCUAGACAUAUAGGCUGCCAUCAUGUCUUCUGUUAUUAUUGUGUACAGAGUAAUUUUCUAGCAGAUCCCUCCUACACCUGUCCACUCUGCUCCCAUCCUGUGGAUGAUGUCACAAACAUCCAACCAAUCACGUGUGAUGUAGGAUAACCCUAUCCUGAUGCUCUCAGAAGGCAAUCUCUGAUUGGUCAGCUGCAAGUCCCUUGAUAAGACUGAAUUUUUGAUAUCAUUAAUACAAAUAAUUGUGCAAAAGAAUAUUUAUCUCAUGAAAAAGAAAUGUACUUUAUACUUGUAUGUUUAAAUAUAAUGUUAAUUUUUUUUUUUACAUAGAAAGAGGUAUACAGUGUACAUGUAUAUGUGUUUAAGUUUUUGUGUAUUAAAAAAACUUAAAUUUCUGAAAUUGGCAUCAUACAGGCAGAGUCUGGCCACCUUUGGCCAUGUUUGUCACUCCUCAAAUUUAUAUUUGUUCCAGUUGGGACACCGUAUUUGUAUUCGUAAAGGGGUUGACAAGUUUGUGAAUAAACAAAAUGGAACGAAAUUAAAAACACACAUCUGUGUACCACAAAUACAAGGCCUGAUCGAUUAUCAAUCAACAACUGAUAACAAUGAACAGCUAGGUGUAGCCUUUAGUCACAAUUGUCUCAAUUUAUUUAAGUCUUUAGUCAUCAGAUAUUACAUUCCUUCUUUGUAUUAUUUUGCUGUCGGCUUAAGUCAUGUCUUUCUGUCUUGUCUGUCUUGUCUUAUUUUAUGAUUAGUUCCAAUUAAGCGUGCAUUAUUUUGUUUAAUAAAUAUUCGAUAUAUAGUGAUUUUUUUUAUUUUCCUAUGUACUAAUUUGUUCUAAUUAUCGAUGUAUUUCCAAAAGGAGAAUGGAAUAAAUGUGCUCCUGAAGUGUUUACUUGUAUAAAAAAAAAAAUUCCGUGAAUAUAAUGAUUAAACUACAUACAAUGGCAGUAAAGUGUUCAAUUGAACUGUCCAAUUACAAAAUGUACUUCUAUUAAAUUGCAGAAGCCAUGCGAUGUUCUAAACGCAGAAGUUGUGUUUUUUCUUUAAUGAGACAUCGAACGAUAACACAAUCUGCCACGGUGACUGGAAUGAUUCCUUUACCAAUUUCAAAUUAUUUUCGGCCCCACGAUGAUUCCGACGAUGGAGGUGCAAAAGCAACUCCAGAAAAAAACCUUGUAUUUCAUGCGCUUGCAGACGCCAAUGUAGAAAAAGCUCUUUUUCUUUCUUGUUGAAAUAAACGGAAAACUCGUUCGAAGAAAAAAGAACAAAUCAGGAAAAGGAACUACUAAUUUAAGCAAUCGCUAAAAACAAUCUAUCAGUGUUAUGAUCCUUAUACUAGUGUUUACUGAUAAGGUUUUAAGACGAUACAUAUUUCGAUAAGAAAUAAGUAAUUGAGAUGUGCGCGCAUUUAGGCAGCCUUUCUUCACUUUU